AUGAAGAAAAAGGAGAAAAACGUUAAGGUGGAAACGGCCAUUUUUAUCGAUAGAGACCUUUAUAGGCACAUGGAAAAUAAUUUUCCAAACGACACCGAAAGAAAUUUAUUUAGAUUCGUUUUGGCUAUGAUAAAUGCCGUUCAAUUGCUGUAUCAUGAUUCCUCGUUAGAAUUUAACGUUAGUUUUGUUUUGAAAAGACUGGAAGUACUCUAUACCGACCCACCGGAAUUGCAAAGAUCUCACGACAUUGAUAGAUAUUUAAAUAAUUUUUGUUCUUGGCAAGAAAAAGAAAACGCGUUGAAAAAUAAUAAUCCUUCGUUGCAUUGGGAUCAUGCUCUAAUGUUAACCGGAUUGGAUUUAUAUGCCAUUGGUAAAAGUGGAAAACUAUCAAAUCAGGUACUAGGUUUGGCACCCGUGGCGGGAAUGUGUAAACCAUCGAGUAGUUGUACUGUUAAUGAAGGUUUACACUUUGAAAGCGUUUACGUCGUUGCCCAUGAAAUAGGACAUAAUCUUGGUAUGAGACACGAUGGGCCAUCAGCUGAUAAUGAAUGCGAUCCUAGUUCGCAUAUAAUGUCACCGACUUUGGGAAGUGGAAAAAGCACUUGGUCGCCUUGCAGUAACAGAUAUUUGGGACAAUUUUUAGAUUCGCAAGCAAAAUGCCUUUUCGAUACAUCUGAAGUAGAAUUGGAUCAUUCAGAAGGAGGAAAACUCCCAGGGGAAAGAUUCGAUGCCGAUCAACAAUGCAUGUUAAAAUAUGGAAAACUUAGCGAAAGGUCACCGACGCAAAACAUAGAAGAAAUUUGCAGGGAUUUACGAUGUACCAAAGAACGAUAUACCUGGACAUCUCAUCCCGCUUUGGAAGGCACAAAAUGCGGUUUAAAUAAAUGGUGCCGUUUUGGUCGUUGCAUAUAUAAAGAACAAGAAGAAAUGUUUGAAAGAAUAACAGAUGGCGGUUGGAGUUCAUGGAGUUCUUAUUCGGAUUGCGCUUCAGCGUGUCUUUUAGGAAACAGUUAUAACGAAGUAGGGAGUACUGGGAUAACAAUAGUAUCUAGAACUUGCAACAAUCCGAGAAUUUGUAAAGGAAACGAUAAAAAGUAUAAAACAUGUGAAGCGAUACAAUGCUCUAACGUUCCACCUUUAACAGUAAAAGAAUUUUCCGAGCAAAUAUGUCGAAGAGGAAGAGAAGUUGAUAAAAAUUUAAUUGGUGUGGGAUUUCAAAAAAAUGAUUCAAACGCCGAAGAAGCUUGUACGGUCUGGUGUCGUCUUUUUAAUGGGGGAGCAACAAGUAAGGGAUGGGUUUACCCUGACGGAACCUCUUGUCGUACCAGUACGCCAACGAAUAAUCCAAUGUUUUGCGUUUCCGGAAGAUGUGAAGAAUUUCACUGUCAUCCUGGAAAAGAAUCGACGUUUGUCGCGUCCGAAAAAUUCUGCAAACCUGAGUUCACUCAAAUACCAAUUUCUUAUACGAGUUGGAAACCGAUAGGCCCUUGUCGAUACAAUUGUAUAACACCCGCCACGGGUUUGAGAGUAUUAAAAAGAGGGACUAAAUAUAAUAUUCAACUCUGUCAAUCAUUGAAUUGUAAUAAAAAGACGACAUUUUUCGAGUAUGCAACGAGUCUUUGCAGUCGAUAUAAAUCACGUGUUAAAAAAAUUUCUGGAUUAGGUACUCAACUAGCAGCAACAUUAGAAGAUCCUGAUCGACCGUGUCAUGUAGCAUGUCAAGACGAAAACGUAUCGCACAGGUUUUAUCUUGUUACGGGUGAGGAUGGUUGGUUUCCUUUUGGUACCGAUUGUAGUCGCGGAACGGUAGGGAAAAGAGCUUAUUGCGUUAGUGGAAAAUGUUUGGAAUUCGGGAAAAACAACAUGCCUAAAAUGGAAAGCAAAUUGACGUUUUUAAACGUUAGAAGAAAAAGAAGUUUUGAUUUGCAAAAUAAAACAGUAACAGCUACGGUAGACUCGUUGGCCGUUCAAAAAUUAAUUGAAAUUUUAAAUGAAGGAGAAAGUCAGUAUUCAAAUUUUACUCCUCUAACCAUAGAUUUCGAAAAUCCCAUACACGUAAAACCAGAAUGGGAAAAUAUGAGAUCAAUUUUAAAAAGCAAUGAAUCGAAUAAUUAA